AUGUCGGACACUCUGUCCCACUCCAUUAGUCAUGCCCUCAUGUCCGCCCAGCGGACCUCAACCCACAUUGCUCCUAACCUCACAGAGCACAAACAGGUGAACACCGGUGGGUUCAAAGCCGCCAAAAAAUCUUGCUACAUAGACGAGGAAGCCUCCAAAAUUGUACA